CGGCCGCGGGCUGCUCCGCCCGGUCGGUUGUGCUGCGCGUCUGUCAGAGCGUGAGAACGGGACGCCGGCUUCGCCCUCGCCAUGGCGCCCUGGCUGCAGCUGCUGUUGCUUUUGGGGCUGCUCCCGGGCGCCGUUCCGGCCCCCAGCGAGCCCAGAGCGGCCGGCGCGCAGGCCUGGGAGCUGGCGUCCCCGGAGCUGCUGGAGCCCGCCCGCUUUGCCCUAGAGAUGUACAACCGCGGCCGGGCUGCCAGGACACGGGCCGCGUUGAGGGACGUGCGCGGUCGCGUCCGCCGGGCGGGCCGGGGGUCGCUGUACUCCCUGAAGGCGACCCUGGUGGAGCCGCCCUGCAACGACCCCACGGUGUGCCAGCUCCCUGUGUCCAAGAAAACCCUGCUUUGCAGCUUUGAAGUCCUGGAUGAGCUGGGGAAGCACGUGCUGCUGAGGCGGGACUGUAGCCCAGUGGAUACCAAGAUUACAGAUGACAAAAAUGAGACUUUCAGUUCAUUCCUUGCACUGUUGAACAAGGAUCCCCUGCCCCAGGACUUUUCUGUGAAGAUGGCUUCAAUCUUCAAGGACUUUGUCACCACCUAUAACCGGACAUAUGAUACGAAGGAGGAAGCCAGGUGGCGCAUGUCCGUCUUUGCCAAUAACAUGGUGCGAGCACAGAAGAUCCAGGCCCUGGACCGUGGCACAGCUCAGUAUGGGGUCACCAAGUUCAGUGACCUUACAGAGGAGGAGUUCCGCACCAUCUACCUGAACCCCCUCCUGAAAGAGCCUGGCAAGAAGAUGCGCCUAGCCCAGUCCAUCCCUGACCUUCCUCCACCUGAGUGGGACUGGAGGAGUAAGGGGGCUGUCACCAAAGUCAAGGACCAGGGCAUGUGCGGCUCCUGCUGGGCCUUCUCAGUCACAGGCAACGUGGAGGGCCAGUGGUUCCUAAAACGGGGGGCCCUGCUCUCCCUCUCUGAGCAGGAGCUCUUGGACUGUGACAAGGUGGACAAGGCCUGCCUGGGCGGCUUGCCCUCCAACGCCUACUCAGCCAUAAGGACUCUGGGAGGGCUGGAGACAGAGGACGACUACAGCUACCGCGGCCACUUGCAGGCCUGCAGCUUCUCUGCAGAGAAGGCCAUGGUCUACAUCAACGACUCAGUGGAGCUGAGCCAGAAUGAGCAAAAGCUGGCAGCCUGGCUGGCCAAGAAGGGCCCCAUCUCCGUCGCCAUCAAUGCCUUUGGCAUGCAGUUCUACCGCCACGGGAUCUCCCACCCACUGCGGCCCCUCUGCAGCCCCUGGCUCAUCGACCACGCUGUGCUGCUCGUGGGCUACGGCAACCGCUCUGCCACUCCCUUCUGGGCCAUCAAGAACAGCUGGGGCACUGACUGGGGCGAGGAGGGUUACUACUACUUGCACCGUGGCUCCGGGGCCUGUGGUGUGAACAUCAUGGCCAGCUCAGCAGUGGUGGACUGAGGCGCACCAGCUCCGCCUGGUGCUGACCAGAGCAGCCCUUCCCCUGCCUGACCUGCAUGACCAGGCCCCUUCCCAGGAGGCACAGCUGGCUGAGGGAUGGGCACCAGGUACCUCAGGGUGAGCAAAGGCCACUGGGCUAGGGGCACAGCCCCUACUCCCACCCUGAAGUUCCCCAGCUGCACCUUUGUUGAAUUGUGGUGGCUAGGAGGAUCUUGGGGUGAAGGAUGAUGUCUUGGCAGCCAAAGCUGGGGCAAGAACCCUGGGCUCGGGUAAGGAGCAGGGGGAAGAAAAUAUUCUGGUCUUAAAGCCAGCUUUGUCCUCUGUAGGCUCUGGCUUCCUGCCCCAGCUUUCCUCUGAUGCUAUAAAUUUUCCGGUCCCCCUUGGAUCUGGGGACAGUGUUGCCUUCAUGUCUAGAGAAACUGUUGUAACCAACCUUUUCUAACACAAUAAAGAGGUGUCCUCGACCCCA